UACAACUGCUGCUUUGCCGUCCGUGUUAAGAACGUUGUAUGCAAGCGAUAUUCUACGGUGAUGGACUUUGCUGAAACAAUAAUUUUUUGUAGCACGUAAGAUUAAAAUAUUAUGCAUGAUGUGUGCAUCUGUUUGACAUAUCAGACACUUCUUGUGCGUUUCGCAACUUAACGGUAUCAAGGUCGCCGUCACUGGAGAACUUGCUGCUCUUGGAAAGAUGUUUGUUUCGGUUUUGUAGCUAACAUUCUUUUAAUAUGUAAAAUGCUGUACGCUGCUUUGAGAUUCAACGGUGCGGUCUGCAGGCAUCACUUGUCUCUGCUCAAGUUCUCUACUAGGAAAAGUGUGGCCUCCUUUUGCAAGCUCUCUAUAAACAACUCACUCGGAGGACUCGCUAAGACUUCCGCAACUUCACUCCCAGCAGCCGGAUCAUCUCGAUGCUAUCAUCCCCUGCAACAUAUUUUCGUGUUUGGUGGAGGAUGCACUGUGACACUGUCCAUUGCCUUGGGCCGGCGCCUGCUGCAGACGAGAGUGCAAUGUGCCAAGCACAACACAAGGCUCCUUGAUGCCAAAAAGGGCAGCACAGCGUCUUUCGACUGGGCUUCUUUUUUUCACUUCUUGAAGCCAGACUGGCUCCCACUUCUCAUAGCUGUUGUAUUUUCUUUGUGUGCCCUGCAGAGUGCCUUAAUUGUUGCUGCUCUCAACAUUCAAAUCCCGGUGUUCCUGGGUGCAGUUGUUGACGUCCUGAGCAGGAUAAAAUCUGGCAGCUCAAGCCCUGGCGUAACUGCCAUAAACUUUUUUGAGGAAAUACGUGGACCAGCAACACGACUUUUUCUCAUUUACGUCAUGCAAAGUGUGUUUACAGCCAUCUACAUAUCAACGCUGUCCUUCACUGGCGAGCGCUAUGCCACGAGGCUUCGCCAAGCGCUGCUCGAGUCUGUGCUCAAGCAGGACAUGUGCUUCUUUGACAAGACAAAGACUGGCGAGAUCAUGAACUGCCUCAGUGGAGAUGUACAGGAGUUCAAAAGUGCCUUCAAGCUGUGCAUAUCGCAAGGAAUCAGGAGUGUGGCCCAGACGGUUGGGUGUGCGAUAUCACUGUAUUAUAUCUCGCCGAAGAUGACCAUGUUGACUGUGGUCGUUAUGCCUGUGAUGUUGGCAACGGGCACGGUAUUUGGCUCAUUUCUGCGAGUACUCUCUCGGAAAGCACAAGAGCAGAGUGCCCGAGCUGCAGGUGUGGCUGAUGAAGCAUUGAGCAACAUCAGGACAGUUCGCUCAUUUGCUAUGGAGGACACCGAAGUUCAGCUCUUUAAACAUGAAGUUGACAAGGCUGAAAACCUGCAUACUGCACUUGGCGUUGGUAUUGGCUGCUUUCAGGGACUUACCAACCUCAGCCUCAAUGGUGUUGUGCUUGGCGUAUUGUAUGUUGGAGGCACCAUGAUGGAAUCAGACAGCCUGAAUGCUGGCCAGGUUAUGUCUUUUUUUGUGUCCAGCCAAAUAAUUCAGAGGUCACUUUCACAGCUCUUUGUCCUCUUUGGACACUAUGUCCGUGGCAUCGCUGCUGGAUCAAGAAUCUUUGAGCUUAUCAACUUGAAGAGUGAAGUGGCUAUAACUGGAGAAAAGCAGCUAAACCUCAGUACAUUGCGCGGGGACGUUGAGUUCCGCCACGUUUAUUUUGCCUAUUCAACAAGGCCAGACCAGACUGUUCUUGAAGAUGUCUCACUCAAGCUUCCAGCAGGAAAGAUAGUAGCCAUAUGUGGACCGUCAGGCAGCGGCAAGUCCACAAUUGCAGCAUUACUGGAACGUUUCUACGAUGUAACUGGGGGUUCCAUAACCUUAGAUGGGCAUGACUUGAAGGAACUCGACCCUGACUGGCUUCGACGCAAUGUGAUUGGUUUCAUUCGACAGGAACCACUGUUGUUUGCCACAACGAUUAAGGAGAACAUUCGGUACGGCAAACCUGAUGCAACUGAUGAAGAGGUGUACAGUGCUGCAAAGCAAGCGAAUGCUCAUGACUUCAUCAUGUCGUUUCCACGUCAAUACGACACUGUUGUUGGAGAGCGUGGCAUCACAGUCUCGGGUGGGCAGAAGCAGCGCAUUGCGAUCGCCAGGGCAUUACUCAAAAACCCGCAAGUGCUUAUACUUGAUGAAGCCACGAGCGCACUGGACACGGAAUCGGAGACGGUAGUUCAGGCAGCCCUAGACAGGCUGAGUAAAGGUCGAACUGUUCUUGUCAUUGCGCAUCGGCUGUCUACCAUCAGAAAUGCUGACAUCAUUGCUGUCUUGCUGGAUGGGAACAUUGUUGAGAUUGGAGACCACAAGUCUUUGACAAGGCUGAAAGGCGUCUACUGGAAGCUUACCCAACAUCAUGGGCUCCAUAGAGGAGUGGGUUGAUUCGACAAGCCUCUGUUUAAGGCUGACACCACCUACACGUUGUUUUCAUGAGUGUAAAAUCUAUAAACAGAUGUUUAUUGUUUUGAA